AUCUGCGGGAAGAGCGUUUAAAGCCUCGCUCGUUUCGGUGAAUCCGUCUUUGAAGUCUCACUGAGGAGAAAACCCCUCAGAAUCGUCCCGUUGGCUCCGCACGGUCGCGUUAUUAAAGCACUCGCGCUCAGUCUCGCGUCGUGACUGUUUUCGUUUACCUUUAAAUGGAAAACGUUUGUGCGAGACGGUGAUUGGACCGUUUGUCUGUCAAUCACGCAGGAUGGGGCGGAACCUUCGCGCCGUCGUUACUGACGGGGAACACCAGCAGUAGAGCGACACUCGUCGAAGGAACAACAGAACCGAGAUGUGGAGUAGAAAUGGACUUUAGGGCAGAAUAAUGUUGAUCUGGUGAGCCUCUGACAGGAGUUCGCGCCGCACCGAUCGUGUGUGUUUACUGAGGAGGAUCGCGCCCGAUGUUACCGGAAGCGGGGGAGGGAAGAGCCGCAGCGACGCGCUAUUUUUAUCACUUUGUAUUAUUUGGACUCGACAUGAGCUAAAGGACCUUCACAGACUGUGUGCCUGACAACACCGACACGGAUAAACGGCCGUUAACGGAGACAGUCGAGGUCGUGAAGGAUCCGGGCAAUCCUCUGCCAUGGAUUUAAAGACGGCUGUGUUCAACGCCGCCCGAGACGGCAAACUGAGACUCCUCCAGAAACUGUUAGAGAACAAGAGCGAUCACGAGGUGAUGAAGCUGAUGGCGGAGAAGACGAACGGAGCGACGCCGCUGCUGAUGGCUGCUCGGUACGGUCACCUGGAGCUGCUGGAGUACCUGAUCGAGUGCUGCUGCGCACCUGUGGAGGUGGGAGGAUCGGUGAACUUCGACGGCGAGAUCAUCGAGGGAGCGCCGCCGCUGUGGGCCGCCUCGGCCGCCGGACACCUGAAGGUGGUGCAGUCUCUGCUGGGACACGGCGCUUCUGUGAACAAUACCACUCUCACCAACUCCACGCCGCUGAGAGCCGCCUGCUUCGACGGACACCUGGACAUCGUCAGAUACCUGGUGGAGCACAAAGCAGAUCUGGAGGUGGCCAACAGACACGGACACACCUGCCUCAUGAUAUCAUGCUAUAAAGGACACAAGGAGAUCGCACAGUACCUUCUGGAGAAAGGAGCCGAUGUCAACCGGAAAAGUGUGAAAGGGAACACGGCUCUACACGACUGCGCUGAGUCCGGGAGCUUGGAGAUCAUGAAGAUGCUCCUGAAGUACGGCUCCAGCAUGGAGAAGGACGGAUACGGGAUGACGCCGCUGCUCUCCGCCAGCGUGACGGGACACACCAACAUCGUGGAUUUCCUCACGCAGCACCCUCAGACCAGCAGAACGGAGCGCAUCAACGCUCUGGAGCUGCUGGGAGCCACGUUCGUGGAUAAGAAGAGAGACCUGCUGGGAGCGCUGAAGUACUGGAAGAGAGCCAUGGACCUGCGGCACAGCGAGCCCAACCACCUGCUCCUGAAGGACGAGCCCAAGCAGCUGGAGCCGGCCUACGAUUACAGCAAGGAGGUCAACUCCUUCGAGGAGCUGGACGGCCUGAUCGCUGACCCCGACGACAUGCGCAUGCAAGCGCUGCUGAUCCGAGAGCGCAUCCUCGGGCCCUCGCACCCCGACACCUCCUACUACAUCCGCUACCGGGGAGCCGUGUACGCCGACUCGGGCAACUUCGAGCGCUGCAUCAAGCUGUGGAAGUACGCUCUGGACAUGCAGCAGAGACACCUGGACGCUCUCAGCCCCAUGACCGCCAGCAGCCUGCUGUCCUUCGCCGAGCUCUUCUCCUUCAUGCUGCAGGACCGAGCCAAGGGUCUGCUGGGGACCUGCGUGUCCUUCCAGGAGCUGAUGGAGAUCCUCAGUAAGAGCGUGCUGGAGAUCGAGCGUGCCAUCAAGCAGACGCAGCCCGGCCCCGACCCAGCGCAGCUCAGCAAGGUGCUCUCCAUCAUCCUGCACCUCAUCUGUCUGCUGGAGAAGGUGCCGUGCACCGUGGAGCAGGACCACUUCAAGAAAGAGACCAUCUACAGGUUCCUGAAGCUGCAGGCCUGUGGGAAGAACGGCUUCAGUCCUCUGCACCUGGCCGUGGACAGGAACACCACCUGUGUGGGACGCUACCCCGUCUGCAAGUUCCCCUCCUUCCAGGUCACGUCCAUCCUGCUGGAGUGUGGUGCUGAUGUGAACAGCAGAGACCAGGAUGACAACAGUCCUCUGCAUGUGGCUGCGUCCAACAACCACCCCGACAUCAUGAAGCUGCUGAUCUCCUGCGGCACACACUUCGACAGCACCAACUCCCUCAAACAGACGGCCUGCGACCUGCUGGACCAGAAGGAGCUGGCCAAGAACCUGAUCCAGCCCAUCAACCACACCACGCUGCAGUGUCUGGCGGCGCGCUCCAUCAUCAGACACGGCCUGGUGUACCACGGGAACAUCCCCGAGCGGCUGGAGGCCUUCGUGCUGCUGCACAGAUAGUGACGGACGUGGCUUCAGCUGAGUCUCCUUCUCCGUUUCGUGCUGCAGGUUCACAUCUCCUUUGCUUUCUCUAUGCCGAGACGGUAGGAUGCUGCUUGGUCUGGUUCUCUGGAGCGGACUGGAAUCUCCUCCAGCGUCCAGGAGCAUCACGACCUGCUCGAUGUUUGCAGAUACCAUAAGUGCUUUUCUUCUUCCUAUGCACAGGCUGUGAUGUCAGGACUGUUCUGUGUUACUGGACUGUGCCACGUGUUCAUGCCAAUGCCUGUUUUUUGUUACUCUAUGUUCAUCUUUCUCCUCCGAUGGUGGAUCCAGGGCACGUGGCUCUUCUGAAUGAUUCAUCUCUGAACCUGGACGAGCUGUAAAAACCAAACCUCUUGAUUGUUAUCACACAGCAUGUGCUGAAGUGUAAACGGUUUACUGUCAGACAUACUAACCAGUGCCGGUGUUAACUGAUGAUGAUGAUGAUGAUGAAGAUGAUGAUGAUGCAGUCGUGUAGUCUAACUUCAGCUUCAGCUACAUGUGUGUGGUUUGAACUCAAGGGCUUCAGAUUCUUCUUCAGGCACAAUACACUAGUAAAUGAAACAAAUGUACAGUCAAAGGACUUGCACUUUAUUGCAGUGAUAUUUGAUAUUCAUAUUAUGAUAGCAUAAAGCUUGUUGAUGUCCAUAGAGCAUAAUUGAUAAUAAACUUCCGUUGCACUCGA